AUGAAUGUUGUGAAAUUACCUCGAAGUAAGCAUUAUGAAAUUUGUCAAAGAUGUGUUUUAAUUUUGAUCAUCACAUUAAUUGGAAGCAUGAUGACAAAGUUGAAAGUUGGAAGCGCAUAAAUUGGAAUAAGGUAGUAUUUUAAAGUUGAUAUUUAUAUAGACUAAAUUAUGUAAGCUAUGGAGUGAUGAAAAGGACAAGCGAGUGA